AUAUAUCUUCGGCGUACAUACAGUUCAAGAUCGUCCAUAAAUUAGUUAUACAAAAAAAUCCUCUUACACUUAAUCUUCUCCAUAGAGAAUUUGAGAGAAUUAAUGUCUCAAUCACUUUUCAAUCUCAAAAGCUUCUCUCGAUCUAUCAACAACACAAUUAUAAUUUAUCGUAGUGGAAGAUACACUGUGACCACAAAAGCCUCUCAAAGGAGAUAUACUAUUGGAAGUAGCCGGGAGAAGCCAUCGUGGACAUCAGACCCUGAUACCGGAUACUUUAGACCUGAGACGACCAGUGCAAAAGAGUUUAAUCCAUGCAUUGCAAAAACCUCUCAAGUUCAAGGUAAAAUGAUGAGAGGAGAAGAGCUAUGGUGGAUGCCUGACCCUCACAGCGGAUACUAUAGACCCGAUAAUUUUGCCAAAGAGCUUGACUCAGCUGAGCUACGGUCUUUGCACUUCAAUAAGAAUCACAAGACGUUGUGAGCCACAUGAUCUCUAACAUGCAUGUGUGGUAAAAAAAAUUUAUAACAAUUCUGGUACAUCGUUUUGAAGUGUGAACAACUAAUAAAUAAAUUAAGUAUUUGCAAAUUAUUGUUUGCCUCAAUACUUAUUUUCCAAUGCGAGACGAUCAUUUGUUUAGUCGUAUUGGCUUUU